GGCGCCCCGGUGUCCACCCAUUCAUAGAGUCCGGAGGCCGCGCAUGCGCAAAAGGAGCCGCUGCCCUCCCAUUCAUAAAAUAGCCAUUUUCCCAGGCAGCGGCGGCUGCAGCACCGCGGAGCCGCUGACAGCCGCUCCUGCUCCCUUCCCGCAGCCCCGGCGGCUCCUGCCAGGAUUUUCGCAGGUCCGGCCCCCUCGUCCGGCUCGGAUUUAGGAUUAACUCGCCUAUGGAGAGAUGGUCUUAGCUGAAUUAUUUAAAGAUACUUAAGAGCAGAUUUUUCACCAUUUAUCAGACUGCUUUAUCCAUGGAGCCCCGGGUUCCCCACAACAUCACCGUUGUCCCCAAUUCUGUGAUGGUCCAGCCCUUGCUGGACAGCCGGAUCCCCUAUGGGCGGCUGCAGCAUCCACUCACCAUCCUGCCGAUCGACCAAAUGAAGACAACUCACAUAGAGAACGACUACACCGACAACCCCACCGCUUCCCAGCUGGCAGCCCAGAAGCGUCCCCGAGGCCCCCAGGAACUGGUCUUGACCAACCAGCACCUGCAGCACUGUGAGCAGGAUGUCACCCACCCCUGGAUUUCCUUCAGCGGGCGCCCCAGCUCCAUCAGCAGCAGCAGCAGCACAUCUUCAGACCAAAGGCUCUUGGACCACAUGGCCCCGGUGCCCAUGGCGGAGCAGUCCUCCCCCAGGGCGGUUCGCAUCCAGCCCAAGGUGAUUAACUGCAAACCCCUGGACCUGAAGGGCCCUGUGUCUCAGGAACUGGACAAGCACUUUCUGCUGUGUGAAGCCUGUGGGAAAUGCAAGUGCAAGGAGUGCGCGCUGCCCCGGACUCUGCCCUCGUGCUGGGUGUGCAACCAAGGGUGUCUCUGCUCAGCACAGAACCUGGUCAACUACUCCACCUGCAUGUGUCUCGUCAAGGGUGUCUUCUACCACUGCACCAACGAGGACGACGAGGGCACGUGUGCCGACCACCCCUGCUCCUGCUCCCACUCCAACUGCUGCGCCCGCUGGUCCUUCAUGAGCGCCCUGUCCCUGGUGCUCCCCUGCUUGCUCUGCUACCUGCCGGCCACCGGCUGCGUCAAGCUGGCCCAGAGAUGCUACGACCGAGUGAGCCGGCCCGGCUGCCGGUGCAAAAACACAAACAGCGUCAUUUGCAAGGCGCUGCCGGAGAGCAAAGCAAGCAGGCCAGAAAAGCCCUUUUGAUAGUUUGGGAGGAUGGGGAGUGGGAGGACGCUCGGGGGGGUGGGAGGGUGGCACUGGCUCUUUUUAAUAACCUGUGCUCUGAGAAUAACAUUAGCCUUUUGCCUUUGGAGAAAGCAGAAGCAACUGUUUCCGCAAACUGAAGCACUUUGGGUUUUUCAGGGUUUUGGAACUGGUCAGAAUUUAAAUAGAUGGGGCCAAAGGAGUAAUCCUAAUAAUGUAAAGUGAAGACUGAAAACCUAUGUAUAUCCUGAAGUACAGCUGCUUAAAACCUCCUGGUUCAGCCGGCCGGCUGCUCACCAUGCCUGCAUACCACAAGAACCAUUAACUGCUCGCUUGGCAGGCACGGCCGCACAAGCAAUACCAUUCCCAGCUGCAAAAAGCUGCAUCGGCUUCUUAUUCAGGGUGGGCUUCUUGUUUUCGCUUUCCUUCCAAAUGCCGAUUUGCUACCAGCAGCCUCUUCAAGGCGAUGGGUUCAUUCCCUGUAGCCCUCCUUUCCCACCCCAUUAGAAGGGCCAGUUGCACACAAAGUACAUGUUUCUCAGAAGCUUUCUGUGUCCCUCAAAGAUUUCGAACCAGAAGUAAAGAUACAGUUCAUUCACUUAAGGGUCUCUUAACAUUUAGGCGUAUUGCUUUCUUUGAACCCACCUGGCCACACUGAUUUGGAGCCUCUAUUUAAAGCAAGGUGGCGGCAGGGUUGCUCCCUCCCCGAGAAGAACAGCAGCAGGAUUUGUUCAGGCAGUUGUAUCAACAUCGUGUCGUUCUGGCUGGAAGCUGAUCUACAGCGUCAGGUUUCACUCAAUGGAAUAGUAAUUUUACAUCAACAGUACAGACCCGCUCCAGAAGGAGGUUGCUGGGAUCCCGUUUCCCCACGGCGCGUUUGCUCCCCCGGUGCCGGGGCCAAGCGGAUCUUAACUGACGCCACAAAGUGAAGAUAUUCAGUGUUUGUUUCUCCAGACCUCUUAAGCACUGUAGCAAGUCACAAAAACCUAAGCCUAAGACACACGUAGGUGUAUUUUUAUAGGGAUAUCAAUGCAGUACCCCCUCUCCUGGAACAAGCUCUUUGCUCAUUAAAUAUUAAGAUUUUUUUUUAAUCUUGGGGAAGAAUGGCCUUUGCUUGAAGUACAGCCCAUUCCCCAGCUCUAUUGCUGCUGUUUGACUUCUGCCUCCUCCGUACAAAAGUGUGUCUUUUUAAAUGUAGAGAGUACUUCUAAUGUUCAUUUUAGUGUUAACAAACGCCAGGGAAAGCUGGGGAGGGAAGAGAGCGUAUUGAAGAAAUUUGCCCAUGGUUUUCAGUAAGUGAAUAUCAUCGGCUUCGUGCACUCGCCAAGGGCCGGUUCUGCAUUCCCCUGGGGUGCAGUAACCCCUUUUCCUCAACAGCUACAAGGUGCUAAAUAAAACUCUUUGUCCACACAUGCAACCCUGUAAUAAAUAGGUAGGUACUUGUUGCAUGCAGAAAACUGAUCUAGCCACUUUUUUUUGAUUAGAGGAAACUUCCUCAGUAAAUGCACAGCAGUGACAGUGACAUGUCGUCUCUAAUUAGAUAAGCAAUAGGCAGAGCUCAUGUAGCAUUUCCAGGAAUCCCAUUUGCUCGGUUGCAAUACAGUUGCUGCGUGGGGGUUGGCAGGAGCAUGCUGAUGGGAGUUCUGGUGUCGUUUGUUUUAAGAAUUUGUUUAAUCUGGAUGACUUGGGGUUUAGUGAAGCUUAAUUGUAGCUAUUUAUUGAAUGGGGAAUUAAAAAAAAAAAAUGCAAACCUUCUAUAUUUAUAACAUUUGCUAGCUUGUGUAUGAUAAAUCAUAGGAAAAUGGAUGCUACAUCUGUCACCAGAUACCGAUUCCUAUAGUUUAUCCUUGUGUUGACUGUAUGGGGACACCAGAAAGAAGGAAGCAGUUGGGGGUCCAAAGCUGUAUAUAUUAUCUUGCACAAAUGAGGGGGGAAAGGGUAAAAGGAAAACCAACCCCAAAUUAGCUGAACUGUUGGUUGAAUGUAUUAGGUCUUGUAUUUAAUAAGAGAAAUUGGUCUUCUAAGAUGCAAACAGGCUAGAAAACACAGCAGAAGAGGUAUUUACCUGCUGCCCUCCUCUAUUGGGACCACACAUGUCCAAAUGGCCUCUGCUUAUGGUGGUUUUGCCUUUUUGCCCCUCUGUCCUUGGCUGUUCUUGGGGGAUCUGUGCUGAAAACCUGCAAUAGCAAAGCCCAUGGCUCAGACACGUGGUCCUUGCAAGCAAACACAGCGCUGGAGUGGUCGCCACCGUGCCAAUCUACACUCAUGUAUAUACACCCAGCAAUCCCCUCUGGAUUUCCUUUCAUUGUACAUACUUGUAAACUAUUUCUCUGUUGGUUUCUUUUAAUAUAUAAAUCCUGCUAUGGUGUAAGCCGCUCCCAAGCUGGAAGGCCGUGAAGCGUUAGUGGAUGUGUUAGAGCAGUGGUAAAUGUAGCAGAGCCACCCUCCCUCUCCUCCUCAGCCCCCGGCACGGUGCUGGGCUCUGCCCCACAGGCCACGGCUCGGCCAGGAGCUGCGAGCCCCUUGGGAAGCACUCGGAGAGGCUCAGGGUCCCCCAAAACGGGGGCUCAGCCACGGCGCUGCGCUGUGGGGCUGGCGGGGGGGAUGGCUCCGGUCACUAAUGUCUUUGUUCCCCUAUCCCAACACCUCUGUUCCCCCAUCCCCUUUCAAGGUACGUGGGUCUCCUGCCACCCCUGAGAUGUACCACGGGCACCGUGCCGUGUCACCUCAGCCCCAGCGAGGGCAGGAUGGCAGCAGCUCUGCUCAUCCUCCCUGCAGGUCGUGUCCCCUCCUGCAAACUGAUGAACAGCUGUUAAUUAGCAGAAAUCGCGGGCACGACACUUGCUCUAUGACCAUGUCCGUGUCGGUGCGACCACAAAGGCAAGAGGGGUGGUGAGGACAGGUUCUCCCGGCCCUGGGCCACCACGGAUCACCUCUGAGGACGAGGGUGGCAGAGCACUUUGGCUUUACCGCCCCAAACUGCUAAUUGCUGUCACACGCUCAUUGCUGGGCUUUGGCCUCUGCCCACACACACAAGCAAAGGCUUGGAGAGCAAGAGGGGGUGACUUAGCGAUAUGCUGGCGAUGCCACCCCAUGUCCCCAGCGGGAGCUCGCCGAGAGCAGAGCGGCAUCACCGGCCAAAUAAUCCCUCACCGCUCCCUCUGCCCCGGCGCCCGCCGGGUACAGGGAGUAGUGACUAAAUUCACCCCGUUGCUCCCUGGGCGCCGGCUUUCGCGCCCGGACGAGCCCUCGCCCUGUCACAGCACUGGGUGUUCCUCCUCAUCCCUCGCUUGGACACGCUGAGAAAGGUUUCCCCCUUCUCCUGUUGCCACCCCACCACAUAUACACCCUGAGAAGUUACCACAGAAGGUUUUUCUUUGUAUAGAAUAUUUAUUUUGAAGCUCUAUUUUAAUAGUAUUUAUUUUAGAAAGUCUACUAUUGUAAGAGUUCUUCUGUUUGUGAAGAAAAACAAGUACUGAUGAAUGUACUGAUCUAGAAAUUAUAUAUAUAUAUAUAAAUAUAUAUUGUUAAAUAUAUAAAU